GACGUUAGUAUAAUAAUAAUUAUCGCAACAAUCUGGAGGGUCAAGGGUGAUGUUAUUGAGAUUUAUAAAUUCUCUCGACAAUAAAGCCAACGAGUCAGUGUAAGAAGCACUACUGUCGAUCUUAAAGGAAUUGCCAAGAUGUCUGCCAAAAUUUUAUCGCCUGGGCCGACGGCUGCAAUUCUCGACCCGUCGGAACAUCUGCGACCGGAACCAGUGCACGCGGAAAAAUCAGCCAAUCAAUUCAGAGAUUAUUCGGUAGACCCAGAAGAUCCGCUCAAGGAACGAGUCCGAAAAACUUACCAUGAUAUGCAUACUAAUCAAACAGUGGAGUUUGUACGCUCUCGUAUGGCAGACUGGCUACGUUUUAACAAGCUGAAAAUGACUGUGAAAGAUGCACUCAUCAAACUAAACGACCUUGUCGAUGAAAGUGACCCAGAUUCCAAUUUGCCAAAUAUUGUGCAUGCAUUCCAAACUGCAGAACGCGUCAGGGCGGAUCACCCAGAUCUCGAUUGGUUCCAUCUUACGGGCCUAAUACAUGAUCUUGGCAAGGUAAUGGCCUUUUACGGUGAACCACAAUGGGCUGUAGUUGGGGAUACGUUUCCUGUUGGCUGUGCCUGGGGUGACAACAUCGUUUACAGAGAUACCAGUUUCGAAGAUAAUCCUGACGGAAAAGACAGCCGCUACAACACUAAGUAUGGAAUGUACAAGCCAAAGUGUGGACUGGACAAUUUGAUGAUGUCAUGGGGUCAUGACGAAUUCCUCUACCGCGUACUCAAACAUAAUAAUACAAAAUUGCCGGAGGAGGCUUUAGUCAUGAUUCGUUACCAUUCGUUUUACCCUUGGCAUGCAAGUGGAGACUAUUCCUACUUCUGUACUGAAAAGGAUAACGAAAACCUGAAAUGGGUACUUGAAUUCAACAAGUACGAUCUUUACUCAAAGAGUGACACCGUUCCCGACAUUGAAAAAUUAUGGCCAUACUACGAGGGGCUCAUAGAAAAGUACAUCCCUGGUGAAAUAGAAUGGUAGAAGAAUUUUUCUCGCUAUCGGACAAUGCCAGAAAAGAUUACUUGAAGCGGAAGAGAUUACUCAAUCCUAACACACAAUGAAAAGUAUAAAUAAGUAAGGAUUAACAAAAAGGCUGAAGUGCUGAUUCAGAACAU